AUGGCGUCUGGUGGAGGUCGAAGAUGGCAGCAGUUCGUCCAAGAACUGGUUAUGAUAGCCGGCACUUCUGCCUCUGCAUACUUUCUCAUCCGUUAUCUUCUAUCGCGCAUCGAUCUAGACCCCGAAGGCCAGAAGAAGGAAGAACAAAGGAAGAAAUCAGCAGCGAUUCUGCGGAGACUCGAUGGCCCCGACUCCGACGACGAUACCACAGGCCGAAGCGGUUCACGCAGGAGCCGCAAGCAGAAGAAAGAGGAAUUGGUGUUGAAUCAAUAUGAGCAAGCCAUUGCAAUGGACGUUGUCGCUCCGGAAGAUAUUGCAGUGUCCUUCGAGGAUAUAGGAGGACUGGACGAUAUUAUCGAAGAGUUGAAAGAGUCCGUGAUUUAUCCGUUGACCAUGCCUCAUCUAUAUGCAUCAACAUCGUCGUUACUUUCCGCUCCAUCUGGUGUUUUGCUCUAUGGACCUCCAGGCUGCGGUAAAACGAUGCUCGCCAAAGCACUGGCUCACGAAAGCGGAGCUUGUUUUAUUAAUCUACAUAUUUCCACCCUGACCGAAAAAUGGUACGGUGACUCCAAUAAAUUGGUCAAUGCGGUCUUUUCACUGGCUAGGAAGCUACAACCAGCUAUAGUUUUUAUUGAUGAGAUUGAUGCGGUAUUGGGUACGCGGCGGAGUGGUGAACAUGAAGCGAGCGGAAUGGUCAAGGCUGAGUUCAUGACGCAUUGGGACGGACUGACAUCCUCCAACUCUAUGGGAGAGCCACAACGGGUAGUGGUGCUGGGCGCUACGAAUAGAAUUCAAGAUAUCGAUGAGGCUAUUCUGAGACGUAUGCCCAAAAAGUUCCCCGUUAGCCUCCCGCCUGCUGCACAGAGGCUACGCAUUCUCGCUCUUGUUCUUAAGGAUACCAAGGUCGACCGCCCGAAUUUCGAUCUUGAGUAUCUUGUAAGCGCCAUGGCGGGAAUGUCAGGUAGCGAUAUUAAAGAAGCCUGCCGAGACGCAGCAAUGGUGCCUAUGCGUGAACUGAUUCGAGAGAAGAAGGCAGCCGGCAUUCACAUGACAACUGUUGAGCCCAGAGAAGUACGCGGUCUGCGCACAGAAGAUUUCUAUAACCGCACCGGUAGCGGCUUGAAGGUGAUUCCUAAACCUCAAACGACGCCGAAACGCGAAAGCAAGGUUGUGAGUGAAACAGAUGAUAAAGAAUGGGCAACUGAGUCCGAGGGCGCAGAAGAGGAGGUCCAGCCACACGCUACAAUACCGGCUGCCAUCUCGGUGCCCCCUGAGUAG